AUGCAGAAUCGAUGUUUUCAGGACGGUACUAGUGUCAGGAAUGGCGAGUACGUCUUUCUGGUUUACGAGAAUGACUAAGCAUAUUUAUCGGGAAAGUGUAAAAGACAGAGGGAUUCAGACGUUUUCGAGACUAUUUUGUUCUCGGGCGUGAUAAACAACCAGGUCGGAGGUGGCUAUGGAUGGAAAAAGAUCGAUCAAAAUGGAUCCUUUGUCACCUGGCCCAUGCCUAGAUAUCAGCGAUGAUGACCUUGUCACAAUAUCAGUCCGUGAUUUAAACAGACAAUUAAAAUUACGCGGAUUGUCCAGAGAGGAAAUUGUACGUAUGAAACAACGAAGGCGAACAUUGAAGAACCGAGGAUAUGCUGCUAGUUGUCGCAUAAAACGUAUCGAACAGAAGGAUGAAUUGGAAUCUGAGAAAAGCCAGGAAUAUCGAGACAUGGAGGCUAUGCAGGAAGACAAUAAUCGUAUGAGAGAAGAGAUAGAGUCCUGGCAUUCAAAGUAUCAAGCACUGAAAAAGUUUGCUCAAGAAAAAAAGAUCAUUAUUCCACCAGAUUUAGAAACUAUGUAGAAAAGUUAGAUAUACUGAUCGACUAUACGUAUAUUACAUAUAAGUUUAAUAAUAGAAUGAUUUGGUAAAUAUUUCGCUGCUGCAUUGACUUCUCUUAACUUUUAGAAUUAUAGAACAAAGAUCCUAUUUUGUACAUAUAAUUCAAUUUACAUUGUAGAAAUAGUAUAAUUUAAAUGUCUUUAGUUAUAUAAAAGAAAUACAUAGACACAUGUGUUCAGGAAACACAACGGUUUGAGUGAACAUUCAAUAAUUAUUUGUGAUAUGAAUAAACUUUUAAAUCUAUCUGAAAUAGAGAAAUACAAUACCGCUUUCUUUUAUAGUUAAAGGAUGAGCACUUAAAAUGAAACGAAUUGUUUGAAGUUUAACAAAAAAUAAAAUUUUAGUGUAAUGAUAAAGAACACGCUUUUAUGAUGGCAAGCGUUCACUCAAUGAUUGCACAACCGUUGUAUUUUCCAAACAUAACUAUAAUAGUAUUGAGUUAUGGGAUGAAGGAUGGGGAAUAUGAUAAUCGCAUUAGAUUCUCAUGUAUCUUCAUUUUCGGUACAUAAUAAAAAUAUUAAUUUACUAACUA